AUGGCUCGAACCCGAUAUUCCACAGUGGAUCGGGAGCCCUUAUGUUCACGCCCAAGGGAUUGCUACGCCGAUCACCCCCUCCUACCUUUUUUGAUCAUAAAAAAAAAAUUAGACUCCCCAAAUACCCCUGGUGGUCACUGCUUCAUCUGCAACGGAAGCCAAAUGACUAGGACCAGAGCAUCCUCUAAAAGGAAGAAGUCGCUUACCGGCGCUACUCCGACGGUACAAUCGCCGGCGGCAGACAAUGCCCAUGAACCACCACCGGCGGCGAUCGCAAUCGGCUGCAGUGUCGAUCUCAUGACAGAGAUCCUCCUGCGUUCGCCGGCGAAAUCCCUAAUCCGAUUCAAGUGCGUGUCCAAGAAUUGGCUCUCCCUCAUCUCCGACUCCCAAUUCUCAAGAAACCACUCUCGCCGAAACCCUAGGCCCAAUCCCAUCUCAGGCUUGUACUUCUACAACAGAAGCCGACUCAAAUCCGUCUCCUUCCACGGCGAGCAGAAUCUCCCGUCUCUACCCUUCUUUGAUGUCCUUGGCUGCCACGAGAAUUUAACUAGCAUUGUAGACUCCUGCAACGGCUUACUGUUGUGCGAGAAUCUAGAUUUCGACGGUAAGGAAUUCGUAGCGCAAUACAUUGUUUGUAAUGUCUCUACACAGAAAUACAGAGUGCUUCCUAAACCUACUGGGAAUUCAGCUAGAUGGAUUAAUCAUAGAGCGUUCUUGGCCUUCGAUCCUUCCAAACCGCCUCACUACAAAGUUUUCUUGGUUAGUUACCUGUCUCCCCCACCUUAUGAAAUUGAUGUGUUCUUUUCGCGGACUGGGUGUUGGAAAAAGGUUUUUGCGCAGCAUACGUGUCAUGGCCCAAGUGCGUAUUGGAAUGGAGCAAUCCAUUGGGUAGGUCAUGACAAUUGCUUGAGAUUUGAUGUGGACACGGAGGAGAUGAUAGCGACUCCAAACGGUCCGCUGCCCAAAAUCCUUAGUCAGGACAAGAUUAGGUAUCUUGGAGAAUGUGGUGGCCGCUUGUUUCUUAUUCAGUCUCGUUCGCGCAAGGUCUUGGGAUUCAGAAUCCUUGAAUUAUGUGGUACCUGGUGGGGGAGUUUCCAAGUCAAUCUUAGACCCAUCAUAUCAGCAUUCCCUGAGAUAGAAACAACCUUUGAAUUUGAUGUGCUGUCACUAUUGUGUGUUGGGGAUGUAGAGAAAAAAGAUAAUUUCACACUGGUGUUAGCUAUUCCGGGGAGAAUUAUUGCUUAUAAUCUGCAUUGGAAGACAUGCGAUGUGCUUUGUAAUCUGUCAGAAGAUGACUUCAUUGAACGUGGUAGGAAUGGUUAUGCUUAUACCUUUGUUGAAACUCUAUCUCCGGUAUGAAUAGUUUGAUUAGAAUCCUGAAUGUUGUGUUGCCUAUUUGCUUUUUGUAGAACUUUUAAAAUGAAUCAGCUUCUUUGUGUUGAAGAGCUGUAAGUUUUUGUUUCACAUGUUGCUUCAAUAGCUUUAUUUUAUCAUGGUGAUACCAUCAUCUUCAUUCUUGGCUA